UAUAGAGUAGGAUUUCUUCAAACUGCUCCGCGAGGCUCACGCUCUAUUUAGCUUUAGCUUAGUUCACUUUCAAAAAACAAACAAGAAAAAAAACAAUUCAAAAUAAAAUAAAUAGUCACACGGUUUCUUCGUCCUGAUCCUAAGAAAACCGCAAAAAAAAAAAAAAAAACACAGAGAAAGAGAGAGAGAGAGAUAGUGUGUUUUAAAAUCUUAAAUCUCAGUGUGUGUGAGAGAAGAAUCUGGGAAGCCCUAGAAAUCCGGGGGAGGGGCAUGGCGUCGUCGAAGGUAGUUGUAACGACGAAUCCGGAUCUGCCACGACAGUCCUCUAUUUGUUCACUCUCAACUAUGCUUGCUGAUCUCCAACAACAACAGCAGCAAAAUCAGUCUAUGAACAUGGACGAUCUCUUGAAGAAUCUCUACUCCAACUCGUCUGAACAAUUCGCUGAUGGAACCACCACAGCCGGCGGAGCAGGAGGAGGAGACAAGACUGUGGAUGAGGUCUGGAAAGAGAUCGUCGCCGGCACCGCCGGCACCACCACGACCAACGCCGACAAUCACAGCAAGGUGGAGGAGAUUAGCAGCAGCGAUGGUAAUAACACGGCGGAGGAGAUGACUUUGGAGGAUUUCUUGACUAAGGCUGGGGCGGUGAGAGAGGAGGACGUGAGACUAGGUGCUGGUGGAGCGUUGGUUCCGGCGGCGGGGGGUUAUGGGGUGAAUAAUGGUGGUGGUGGUGGUGGUGGUGGGCAGUUUGGGAUGGAGGUUGGGUUUGAUGGGAGAAUGGUGGUUGGUGGAGGAGUGAGUGCAGUGCCAGUGCCAGUGGUAUCAGUAGUCGGAGGUGGAGGUGGAGGUGGCGGAGGAGGAAGAGGAAAGAGAAGAGCAAUAGAGGAACCUUUGCUUGAUAAAGCCACUCAGCAAAAACAGAGACGCAUGAUCAAGAAUCGUGAAUCUGCUGCCAGGUCCAGGGAACGCAAGCAGGCUUACACUGUUGAGCUUGAAUCUCUGGUGACCAAUCUAGAGGAGGAGAAUGCAAAGCUGUUAAAGGAAGAGGCUGACCAUCAGAAGGAGAGAUUUGAGCUGCUCAUGCAGAAUCUCAUUCCAGUUGUGGAGAAGCGAAAACCACGCCGCGCUCUUCGGAGAGUUAAUUCUAUGUGCUGGUAGAUAUGUUUUUUAAUUUGUGGUUUCUGUGGCCUGUUAUCGAAGCCGCAAAAAGGGAGUGAAUGAAGUAGGGAGGCAACUUUAUAGCUAUAAAAUAGAGAAAAUAAAUUGAAAAGGAAGUGUCAGUUUAUUCAUUUAAAGAAAAAAAAAAUCUCGGGUUACUUUACCUUACUGGUUAUCUCGUAGGAGUAGUUGGAGUUGAUUUGUAAAGACUAAAGAGGAGCAGAGUGCAGCCAAAACCUUGAAGUGAAUCUGAAGAUGAUUGUCCUUAAAAACCACAUCUUGUGGGAUAUCCAAGACAGUUACCUGGUGGAUUUGCUAAGUUAGAUUGUAUAAAGAAACUUUAAAAAAAAUUCCAUUUAGUUUCCCUCACCCUGAUGGAAGGGGGGACCUGAUAAACCUGGACUAAUCUGUACUAAUUUUGCAUUAGAUGUUUGUAUACAUAUGAAAUUGAUGUGCAUGGCCAUGGUUGUCCGUCGUCUGUCACACAAUAACAAUAAUGCCUUGCAUUUAUUAGAAAUUUUACUUUAUUUUAA